GAGCACGCGGUGCCGUUACAGCCGUUGCGGCGCGUGGCGUUCUGUGGCGUUUCCCGCCUUGCCGUCCUGGGCGGGUAGAACGCAGCCCUGGGAGGUCUUUUCGUCCCUCACGUCGAGGGCAGCGCCUCGCUUCCUUCCUGCCUUGCAUCCAGCAGUUGAGCGGCUGCCCAGAGUGUCUGAUUCCUGAUCCAUGACGCACAAACUGAACUCGUUAAGGAGAGCAGUGCAGGCAAGCCAUAGGUUUAGUGUGAUACAAAUGUCAGAUUGCUUUGUUUGCCUUCACUCCUCAUCUGGGACAAGUGAGGAAGAUGAGAAUUGCCUCCAAUCCCUAUCACCGAGGACCAAACCUCUCUUCAGUAGAAUGCAUGGGAGUCUCUCAUAAAGGAGUAACAUGCUGUGCUCUCUACCCUGUCCUUCCUUCUCUACUGCUGUGUGUAAACCAGAGCAGCAAGUUAAUCAGCGGCCUUUGGAGCACUUCUGCCUCUCACUCUUACAGGAUCUGUUUGUGCUACCUUCAAUUACUGGAUGCUGCUCAGAUCCGGCUCCUGUGUCAUUGUUUGUAUUGCACAGAAACAUGAAUCAAGUCAGUCAGUCUUUUGAUGUGUAUGCCAAGUCAACAGUGCAGUCAUUCCGGUGGAAAAAGUAGAUUUUGUCUGACCUGCUCUCCUGGAUGCAAUGCAUGCACUGUGUGCACUACCACUGUUUCUGGAAGGAGGGUGCCUGUGCUGUUCCACUUUAAGCUGUAAACGCCAAUUCCUCUGAGAAGUCCAAUACACUUGGUGCAAAAUAUGAAUCACUGCAGAAUUAUUGCAUCAUCAUACAAGUGACCACUGCUCUUUGGAAUCUAUGACCUAAUCAAAUAAGAAAGGAAAUUACAUAUGCAACGUUUCAGAGUUUUAAAUGGGAGCUACUCAUAGGAAAAGCCCAUUCCAUACGGAGUUGAAGAUGGGCUACCACUGACAAAGCCCUGCAAUAUUUAGUGUGAAGCUGUGACCUCUCCUCCCCUUCUGACAUGGAACUCUGUGAUCCAGGGCCAGGCACUGUGAGCUGAAGAGGCUUAAUCAAAGACAGAAGAAAGAAGAGAAAAGUGUACCCCCUGAGAUACUCCUGUGCUGGGUGAUACUAGCCUUGGCAAAACAAUCUCAGAAACUUGAACUCUGGUUGCUCCUCAGGAAGAAGACCAAGAUCAGGAUGCUGUAGGUGGACAGAAGACUAUUACUCAUACAUUUCUUUCUCUUUCGCAAAUUACUGCUUUGUCAGAAGAAAGUGUAGAAGGAUUUCAAAAAAAGCUGGCAGAAUAUCUGAAUUUUAAACAAUUAAUGACAUCUUUGAAGGAAGUUAUUCUGCUAGAUUAUUAUACUGCGGGAUUUUGUUGGGCUAAAGAAAUGAAUUUCAGUCUUAUGCAGCUGUCACAAUACAUGGAUCUCUUAAACUUCCUGUUGGAGAACCUCCGUGACAAACAUAUGACCUUAGAAGAUAACAUAAUAGAACUUGGAAGAGCAAUGGCUGGAAUAGGAGAAACUGAUUCAGAAAGUGGUGACUUGGAUGUCUUCAGCAUUGACCAAGCCAAAGCAAUCAUUGAUUACAUGAAUAUCAGCUUAUUUCGACUUUAUAAAUUGUAUGAACAUAUCUUCCGCAAUCCUAGAGAGGAACAUGUGAUAAGUAAUGAGUGUGUGGUUGAAGUUGCUCCACCUGCAGUUACCCCCUUCCCUGCUCCAUCUGAGGAUGGUACAUCUUCUGAUAUCUAUGCAUCACUCUUAGCGUCAUCAACAGCUGCAGAUAUGGAACCUAAGGGGUCUGAUCAAGAAGAUCUCCUGGGAGAGCCCAGCCCGGAGGCAGAGUCCUUCGAGGCAGGUGCUGUGGCUGGUUUCACUUGUGAAGAUCAGAAGCCCGCAGUCCUUCCGAAUGAAAUUAUUGGCAACCUUGAGGUACUACUGGAAGACUUAAGUGAAAAGCAGCAAAUGUGAGAAGCUUAAACUUUGAGGACAGAAAAAUUAAAAGAUCUUAACUAGCCCAAUGA